GCGAGUGAGCAUUUUGUUCUAACAUGAGUGACGGCGAGUCGCGCAUCGAAUUUUACUGUUUGGCGGAAUUAAAAAACGUGCUUGGUGCUAAGUUAGAUAAAGUUACUAAAAGUCUUUGAUCUAGUCUUAUCUCGUUACCUUGUACCUGUUCUGGUCAGAGUGGUCUGGAACAUUGCGUUCUGUUUCCUUCACCCCUGCGCUGAAAUACGACACAUCCGCCCGAGAAAAGUAACCCAUUCGGUGAAAUAUUCGUUUUUCGGGAUCUGUGAAUAUUAAUUUGAUAACAAUAAGUGGCGGCGGCAACUGCGCUUCAAAUUCAAUUGCACCUAAGUUAGCAGUGCGCGGCGACAGCAACGUUUACGUCGCAGAUUUUCAUAAGAAUAGCCUAUAUGUUGGAGCGCAAGUGUGUGAGUUAGUGAGCGCCGAAGAUGCGCGAAAACGUCAUUUAAUUGCACCCAACAACAACCGCACGGCGUAAAUAACGUGGGGCCAAAAGGUGCGAAUGAAGCGCAAGAAAAAGAAAAAUCAAUAGGAAUAUAAUGCAAAUCACCGGUAACCAUGUAUCAAUAUACGGCCCAGGCCCAAGCGCAAUCCGAAACCCAGAUCUAAGCAAAAACAACCGCCAGCAAAAGUUGAUUUGGUGCUAUUAAUAAACAAAAAUAAUAUCGCAAUAGAAAUAUCAGGAGGCCGCUGCGUCGCCUACGUAGAUGAUGCGUUGCAAACGUCAAGUUGCGUAACUGCCGCAACCAAAUGUGCGAAUCCCAAUCCGAAUACGCGCAAAAACACCCAACAGCUAACUCGUAUUUCGCCGCUAAAACGUUAGAACAAAGUUCGUGGGCAGAGUCUCCUCUCUAGCGUGCGUGCGUAUGUGUGAGUGACUGUCCCCGUUCGUAAGUGUAAGUUCUGUGCCGCCAACAACAAUAACAUGGCCGCCGCAACAGAUGGCUCUGCCAGAGCGGCCGCUGCUGCGGCGUCGACGUUACCACGAACAACAGCAUCCAACGGCAGCGGUCUCACCGGCAAGCCGCCCGGAUCUUCUUCUUCGUCCAAAGCUCCGGGGGGAGCAGCGGGAGUGGCCGUCGAAUCAGCCUCCUCUGCUGGACUGCCCGCCUCUGUUUCGCAUUUCUACUACAAGCACGGUCUCUUCCUGUCCAGCUACCCGACGUGCGCCUCCAGCAUCGCCUUCAUGGCGAUUCUGCUUUCGUGCUAUCCGUUAAUCAACAUACCUUUGCCCGGGACAAUACCUACCAAGAUUGUGCUACCCUACGAUGCGGGGUCUGGCUCUCUGACGACGUACAAUUACAGUGACCCCACGAUUGCACCGCAUGCACCAACCGCCUCCGGUGAACCUCCGCCCUCUGGACCCGCCCAGCUCCUUAACGGCAGUACCUCGGACAGAAGUCCUCCUCUUCUGUUACCUUGGGCUCAGAGUAGCCCCGCAUUUUUCUAUGUACAGCAGGUAACGCUCCGUGCCAGCGUUCUCCCAUGGUCAGAGGGGAUGGAGUUGAUGGAUGCUUUCCGUGCACCGCUCUAUGAAGUUUUUAAAUUGCUUGAAAUUGUGCGCAAUCAUCAGAGCAGCGAAAACCAGCGGACACUCGAGCAUAACUGUCUUCAUGUAGAGAACGUAAAGCGCGGAACCCACGGACAGCUGGACCAGAUCUUCCCCGAGUACGGCUGCCUUCUGCUUUCGCCCGCCAACCUGUGGACGCAAAAUUCUCAAAAUUUCACCCGGGACACAAAUAUUCUGAACACGAUUUUCCAGUAUCAUAAUUUGCAAAAGUCAAAGGUUUCUGCCGCUGAAAUGCUUUUUGGCCUGCCCAUGCAGGACACCGGUUUCAAACGAUACCCGCUACGCUCCCGCUCUCGUAUAAUUCAGUAUGCUUUAACGUUGGUCCUUAAGCACAACGACGUGGAAUAUCUGGAGACACUUAAGGAGAAGUUGCAUCAGCACUACCCGCCACUACCACGCCCGGCAAGUGGGCCCGCAGAUGACCCAUCAACGAUAACGUACAUUUUUUACCCUGGAGAGUACAGGAUGUGGGAGCUGGUGCCGUACACAGUGGCCUUUUUGCUGGUUUUUGCGUACGUCUACUUCUCUGUCCGUAAAAUCGACGUGUUUCGAUCGCGCUUCUUGCUGGCACUAUGCAGCGUAAUCACCACGGCCGGGAGCCUGGCCAUGUCCCUUGGGUUGUGCUUCUUUUUUGGUUUAACCAUCUCACUGCAAUCAAAGGACAUAUUUCCCUACCUGGUAAUUCUAGUGGGACUGGAAAAUAGCUUGGUAAUCACAAAAAGCGUAGUGUCAAUGGACGAGACGUUUGACGUAAAGAUUCGAGUCGCUCAGGCCCUCAGCAAGGAGGGUUGGCAUAUAUCCAAGACGCUGCUGACAGAAAUUACAAUUUUGACGAUUGGCUUGGCUACUUUUGUGCCAGUCAUUCAGGAGUUCUGUAUCUUCGCCAUAGUCGGCUUGCUCUCGGAUUUCAUGCUUCAGAUGCUGCUUUUCUCUACUAUCCUGGCCAUGAACAUCAAGCGAGCCGAGUACACGACGGAGGCGAAGCACCUUCCCAAAAUGCUGCUAAGCUGCACACAAGGGGCGUGUCGUCAGGACUUUCGAUUCUUUGGAGCUGCUCCAACGAUGCCACCCUAUGUUCCCGGAACAUUUCAACGCUCACACUCGCAUCCGAAACUCUGCUUUGCUGAUGCCGCAUCUGGUAACGAUCGGACAAACUUAGUUAACGGUCACUCGCCGCAGGAACAACGAAUACCAAAACGCAUAAAGAUUGUAAACUUUUGGGCGCGUACUCGAUUCUUCCAACGGGCUUUUAUGAUCUGGAUGAUUGUAUGGAUAUGCUCUAUAGUGUAUAACUCGGGAUGUUUGGAGCAGCUGUUUAGCAUGCAGAGCAACGGCACGAUGACAGCAACGCUUGAGCUCCAACGGCGCCUACAAGCGGGUCGUGGAGCCGUCAGCAGCUUUUUCGAGGGAUGGCAAGCGAAUGAGCAGCGGGUGACGACGAGUUCUCCGAGCAGCAGUGUUUUUUCCACGCCUAUACAAGCAUCAUCCGCGAACUACAUCAACGAGACAGCUGAGGAAAUGCUGCGACUGCGCUAUCCAAGCUUUGACCUAAACUAUUUUCUCUCGAACUUCCAUUGGUCCACGAUUAUGAAGCAGUACAACGUAUCACUAAGCGGACACUACGUGACGCUGCUUCCAACCAUUCGGCUGAGCCAUGCUAUCUCGCCGGAGCUGGCCACACUUUUACGGAAUCCGCAGGAGCAAAUGCAACAAAAUUUCCAAUGGAAGGCACUGGCUGCCGCGCUUGAUCCGCUUGACUUCAAUGACGACGACGUGCACCGCGAGUCUCCUAUGCUUAUGGCCGGUGGCAUGCCGCUGGUCCCUAAAAGCCCCAUGGAAAUAUUCUUUGCCAUUCUUUUGUGCUGCAUCAGCAUUUUUGUGCUCUGCUACACGAUGGUGGUUUUUUACCGCUGCAUCUGUACCAGAAACUAUGCAGAAUGGCGUUCUAGCUGGCACGAAUCCGAGGCACCGUACAAACAGACUGAACAGAUCCUCGAGGGAGUGCCAACGCAAAUUGCCGGACACAAGCAUCGCAUAGAGUGUCUGGUAUCUGAUGGGGCAUACAUUAUCAGCUGCUGUCUUAAGGGCCAAAUUCGUGUGUGGGAUGCGCGCAGUGGCGAGCAACUAAGCAGCAUUGCCCGCACCGACAUACAAAUCUCUCAGCCGCGACCGGAUGGUCAAACGCUGAUACGAAAGCUGCCUGUUUCACCAGUGUGGUGUCUGGACUUCUUUGACAAUCUUAUCGCAGUCGGCUGCGCUAACGGGCGCGUGGAGCUAUGGGAAUCCCCUGCCGGCUUGCUUAAAUGUGCAUACCAGGAAGACGCAAAGAGAAACCAAGGUAUAACCCACAUCCACCUGAAUGGCGAUCGGGUGAUUGUAGCCCGUCUGAACGGCCGUCUAGAUUUCUACCGUUUAGAGACGUAUUACAAGGGCAAGCAGAUCGACUGGGGUUUUACCUCAGCUUAUAGACGCACUCAUGUCCGAACUGGAUCCACUGGAAGCCUUGGAUUAAUGAUGCAGCAGCAGCGUUGCCAACACGAAGCAGCCCAGAAGACCACCAAAGAGGAAAUGAAAAUUACAUUGGAGGGCGUGCGAUUAGCCCAUCAGCAGCCAAUCACCUGCAUGCAGGUCGUUAACGACAUGGUCUUUACUGGCAGUCAGGAUCACACCCUCAAGGUGUAUUGUCUUAACAAGUCGGAUGUGGAAUAUACGCUGCACGGUCACUGUGGACCCGUAACGUGCCUGUUCGUAGAUCGCUGGCAACCGGGCACGGGGGGUUCUGGUUCUCAGGAUGGGCUUCUUUGCGUUUGGGAUCUGUUCACGGGUGCCUGCAUGUAUAACAUUCAAGCCCACGACGGCGCCGUCAGCUGCCUGGCGUGCGCCCCCAGCUAUGUGAUCUCAUUGGGUACGGACGAGCGGAUCUGCGUUUGGGAGAGAUUCCAGGGAAAUUUACUGACUACUAUCAACAUCUCCAAUGCGUAUUCGAGUCUACUGAUGCUAACACCAUCGCUGUUGGUGACCAGUAAAAUGGGAUCUCUUAUUGUAUGGGAUGUGCGCACUGGGCAGCCGGCUCGCGAGGUCAAGCUGGACUUUGCCAACUUGCAGCUUUGCCCGAAAAUUAUGAUGCUUGCCUGCGAUUCGGUAGUUUGUGACUACGGAAAUGAGAUCCGCGUUGUUCGCUUUCCAAUCGUAGCUGACAAGUGCCACUAAAGUUGAAAGGUUGAAUUUACCGUCGCCGGCGUGCACCUAGAAAUAAGUUGACUCUCGGCUCUCAAAUUCAUCGAAGCCAUUGACGCAUUCACUAACUUAUACAUAUAUUAGGACUCGAAACUAUUUCCUAAUUUCACAAUAGAACUGUUGUUAGGAUUUUGUUGUAAUUUUCGGACAAAGAGCGCUGAAACUUUAGUAGGUUAAGGAAUUAAACUAAAUGAAAAAGAUAAAUACAUAUAUUUUUUCGCGUGACUAUACACUAUGUAGUUAGUGCCUUAAAGGGCCUCAGCAUGACAUAAAAUGACUAAAUUAAAUAAUAUAUUUAUUAGAAUCACCUACGCUUAAUUUUCUAUAUGAAAAGAAAAACCAGACAACAAAACAAAAUCUUCUUUUAAUUAUUUUUUUAGAUGCCUCAUAUGUUAUAAGAGUAUUGUGAAUGCCAGUGUGAGAAUAUUUAUGCGUAAGCCUAUUAUUUCACCAUCUUAUACUUAUUCUAAGAUUAUGCAAAGUUUCGAAGAGAGAUCUUCAAGUUGGUUCUCAUUUUGAGUUUAUAAAAUGGAAACAAAAAGAAUUAUUUUUUAAUAUUAAUAAACCAAUCGUACCAACUCGUAAAUCUUGAUCAGCAUGCAUCCCAGUCAAUGGCUCUUCGGUAAAUGUAUAUAAAAGAAAUUAUAGCAUAUAUUGUUUUUAAAAUCAUACUCUUCUUCUUUCUGAUAGUUUUUGAUAAUAAUAAUUUUUAUUUGAAAUAUCAA